AUGGACGCCAUCAAGAAGAAGAUGCAGAUGCUGAAAUUGGACAAGGAAAAUGCCAUCGACCGUGCCGAGCAGGCAGAGGCCGACAAGAAGCAGGCGGAGGACCUCUGCAAACAGCUGGAGGAGGAACAGCAGAGCCUGCAGAAGAAGCUGAAGGGCACAGAGGAUGAGGUGGAGAAGUACUCUGAGUCUGUCAAGGAGGCCCAGGAGAAACUGGGGCAGGCGGAGAAGAAAGCUACAGAUGCUGAGGCUGAAGUGGCUUCUCUGAACCGCCGUAUCCAGCUGGUGGAGGAGGAGCUGGACUGAGCCCAGGAGAGCCUGGCCACUGCCCUGCAGAAGCUGGAGGAGGCUGAGAAGGCAGCUGAUGAAAGCGAGAGCAGUAACAUCUUCUGGCUUGGGCUUUCCUCAGAGGUCAUUGAAAACAGGGCCACGAAGGAUGAGGAAAAGAUGGAGCUCCAGGAAAUGCAGCUGAAGGAGGCGAAACACAUAGCAGAGGAGGCUGACCGUAAAUAUGAGGAGGUUGCCCGCAAGCUGGUUGUCCUUGAGGGAGAGCUGGAGCGCUCAGAGGAGAGGGCAGAGGUGGCAGAGAGUAAAUGUGGUGACCUAGAGGAGGAGCUGAAAAUUGUCAUCAACAACUUGAAGUCCCUGGAAGCCCAGGCUGACAAAUAUUCCACCAAGGAGGACAAGUAUGAGGAGGAUAUCAAGCUUCUAGGGGAAAAACUGAAGGAGGCUGAGACCCGGGCAGAAUUUGCAGAGCAGUCUGUGGUGAAUCUGGAGAAAACCAUUGAUGAUCUAGAAGAGGAGUCUGGCAGUGCCAAAGAGGAGAACAUGGGUAUCCACCAGGUCCUGGACCAGACCUUGUUGGAGCUGAACAACCUUUGAGCUGCCUGGGGAGCCCCUGUCCCUCUUCCCUACCCACAUGGGCACCUCACUGGCAUACUCAAGCUGUCACCUGAAUUGUGUCUUGACCAAAUACACACACCCAUUAAGAAGGGAAGCACUUGCAAGCCUUAAA